AUGCCUGAGGCGUCCCCCAUGAGGGUGCCCCUGGAUUUCCCCAACGGCACCACUGAUCCUCUGGUCAACUGGACCAACGAGACCUUCUGUGCCAGCGAGCAGCAAGUGGUGAUCCCCAGUGAACUCUUCCUGACGCUGGGAGCGAUGAGCUUUGUGGAGAACCUGCUGGUGGUGGCUGCCAUUGUCAAAAACCGGAACCUCCAUUCCCCCAUGUAUUACUUCAUCUGCUGCCUGGCCGUUUCCGACAUGCUGGUGAGUGUCAGCAACCUGGUGGAGACCCUCUUCAUGCUGUUGAUAGAGCACGGGAUGCUGGUCAUCGAGGCCAGCCUGGUCAAGCAGGUGGACAACGUCAUGGACAUGCUGAUCUGCAGCUCCUUGAUGUCCUCGCUCUCCUUCCUGGGGGUCAUCGCCAUGGACCGCUACAUCACCAUCUUCUACGCCUUGCGCUACCACAGCAUCAUGACCAUCCAGCGGGCCGCCAUCCUUAUGGUGGCUGUCUGGCUGGUCAGCAUCGUCUCCAGCAUCCUCUUCAUCGCUUACGACAGCACAGCCGUCCUCAUGUGCCUGGUGGCCUUCUUCCUCUCGGUGCUGACCCUCAUUGCAGGGCUGUACAUCCACAUGUUCGUGCUGGCGCACCGGCACGCCAGGCAGAUUUCGACCAUGUAUGGCAAGCAGCAUGCGCCCCAAUUUACCAGCAUGAAGGGGGCCAUCACCCUCACCAUCUUGCUGGGGGUCUUCUUGAUUUGUUGGGGACCCUUCUUCCUCCACCUCAUCCUUCUCCUCAUCUGCCCCAGCCGUCCUGCCUGCAAGUGCUACUUCCGCUACUUUAGCCUCUACCUCAUCCUCAUCAUCUGCAAUUCUGUGGUGGACCCCAUAAUUUACGCUUUCCGGAGCCAGGAGCUCAGGAAAACAUUGAAAGAGGUGGCCCUGUGUCUCUGGUGA